AUGGAAACUAUUUUCCAAUACCCACAUCCAAACUGUUUUGUUUUGGUAAAUUCGACGGAAAAUUUUUGGUAUUAUUUUAAGGAUAUUUACAGCGUCGACAAUGCUUUAUUAAAAAGACGUACGUUUAAUUUUAAAAGGAGCACAUAUAACCGAGUUGGAUUAAUCCGUUUUGUUAAAAAACGCAAAAUAAUAGCAGUUUCAAAUCCAGCAAUUGCUGCGGCACCAAUAUCCGAAUAA